CACACAUCUCCACAUACCCUUCAAACACUCAAGUUGCAUAUCACACGCUCCAAACACAUUUACCUGCUCGACAUCUGCGCAUCACACGAUGAUGAAAUUCCACCUCCCCCACCCGCACACGCACAUGCACGCGAAGACACAUCUACGGAAAUGGAUGUUUGACAUGAUCGAGGUGUACGGGCGUAUGGGUUGAGAAAAUUGCCAAAAAAAAAACAUAAAGCAACUGUGUACGAUUAGUACUGGCGAGGCGUUAAGGCAUACACGUACUGCAGAUUCUCACCUACGACGGAAAGCGACCAGGACGCACCCGCAGGCCGCCCAUCCAUCCAUCCAUCCAACAGCCUGAAGCCAUACACACUGUCGCUAGGCUUCGACUACGACAGCAAUGUCCUGUGUAUAUCUUCAGGCAAGCACUCUGGCCACUUUUCCAUCGCAAGUGAUGACACGGAGUAUAUUGGUUUUGGUCUAUACCCCCCCCCCUCUUACUAUGGAACAAAUAUGUAUAUGAAAUCUCCAUUCCACCACAAUA